GAAGGUAGGACGUCCUCUUGUGAACAACAAAAACUCUGUGCUCAUACGGCUCAGCGGGAGGAGUGGUGACUGCCACCUAGACUGACAAGCUCACAUCUCACCAAAAGAAAUGUCGACAUCACCUCCUCAAGUGAUUCCAAGAAAGCCUUCUGGGGUCAAAGUGCUGACUCCACUUCGAGAGCUACAUGGUCCCAAUGGGCUGCCCAUCAUCACAGACCCUAAAAGAGAGAACGGCACAAGCGGGAAGUCAAGCCACAAAAAGCUGAUGACUGCAGAAAGAGAAGUUGAAAUCUUGAAUCACUGCUUUGACGACAUCGAGAGGUUCAUGGCUCGCUUGCAACAAACCGCGGAGGCCCGGAGCAUUCUCAACCAAAGGACCAAACGGAGUGCCAAGAAAAGCACCAAAAAUGACAAACAAGACUUGCUGACCAAGAAAGCGACCCCUCCGUCUGAGCAGGAAUUUGUGGACAUCUUUCAGAAAAUAAAAUACUCCUUCUGUUUAUUGGAUCGCUUGAAGUCGUCCAUCUCACAACCAGAUGCACCAGAUCUGCUCCACCACAUCUUUUUACCUCUGAACUUGAUGGUGAAGACCACUGAGGGCCCGACAUUAGCUGCAUCCGUGAAGAGUCCAUGUAUGACCAGAGGUGCUGUUUCUCUGCUCCAAGAGCACCUGACUGGAGAGGAAAAGGAGCUGUGGAAAUUACUGGGACCCAACUGGACCUCAGACGCUUUGCAGCAGACCGUUUCUGUUCCUCCAUAUUCGCCUGUCUUCCUAGACGGGUGGCAGCCUCAGACUCACGACUCAGCUGGUCAGCUGCUGGUAGAUCCCAUCCAGUUGCAGCACGAAGAGGACGCUUUUAAUGAAAGCAUACAGAAGCAAAGUCAACAGGAACAUGUCCAACCUGCGCCCAAGAACUACAGAGAAGGGACUGAAAAAGGAGAUAAAAAUGAGAUCCCAUCAAACGGCGAGAGAUUGUAUCACUGUAAUUACGACUUUGUGGCCAGAAACAAUGAUGAACUCUCCGUACUACAUGGGGAAACACUAGAGGUCCUUGAAUUAUCGUCGGACCGCUUUUGGAAGUGCCGGAAUAGUUAUGACGAGAUAGGACUUGUGCCAUGCAAUAAUCUGGAGCCUCUGUCUGCAUUGAACAACAGACAGAAAAUCCAUCCGGUUCUUCGAACAGAGUCAAAGAAAACGGCUCUCACCCCUCGGUGUUUCUCCUACGUUUCAUCGAGAACCGACGGGUUCAGCCCGACCGCGACCAGCCGAGCAGAGCGAGCCCACAGCAUGAUUCUGCCAUCGAACAUGACAAGAGAAGAUGGCAACCGAGUCAGGGUUAUGAACAAUGAGCUUCUGCAGCGGCUGGCUAAAAAAAGGAACUCGCUUGAAGAGAUGGAGGUUUCCUCCACAGCUGGCAUCUCGAUCCCCCUGAACUACCACUCGGCAAGCGCUGAGGUGAAGGCCUGGCUCUCUGCGAAGGGCUUCAGUCAGGGGACAGUGGAGACGCUGGGAGUUUUGAAUGGAGCGCAGCUCUUCUCCUUAAAGAAUGAGGAGCUGUGCAGGGUGUGUCCUCUGGAAGGAGAGCGCAUUUACCUGCAGGUGCUGGGACAGAAGUCUCUUCUCGAGGAUGUGCGCAAAGUUUCUGAACUAGAGACGGUGGUGGAGAAGUGAAAUCUGAUGACUGACCUGGAUUGGUAAAGUUCAUGAUAUAAGACAAAGAAAUCAAUAGCAACUUAAAGGGAUACGAGACCAAUCUGUUGUACAUGAAGGCUAUAUAAAUUCAUCAGUAACAUGAAGAUUACAUACAUGUGUUAAUAAUAGAGUAAUAUCUGCACUGACAAAAAUAUUUUACUUCUUUUAAAUAAACUCUGUUAACUUUGUUCUUUCUGUUUUCAUUUUGCUAGUUUUAUGUCUUUAAUAUGCUGUUAGGCAUUAUGUUCAUUGUGUCAAAAGGCGUCCUGAACACAGCAUUACAAAAAAGCCUUGUAUUAUUGCACAUGAAGGUUACAUGAACGACGCAUUAAUGAUGCAGCCCUGUUGGCCGCACUGACAUGCAAGGUGUUUUUACUUCACAUGUUCUCAAAAUAAAUUUCUCUUACCGUUUUUAUUUUUGUUGUGGUCACGUCUUAGUUGCUACUCUGUGGAUACUAACAAUGUGAAUAAAAUAAAUGAGACUAAAGUAAUGCAAAAUGAUUACAAUUGUCCAUUAACAGAAAACCUCUGCAGAUUGUUCACUUUUCACAUUCAUGUUUAUUUCAUAUUCAUUUUUAUUAUAUCAUUGUUACAACCGUGUAUUUUCAGUCUAAAUGUACAAACAAUACAUAAAAAAAUUUAAAAAAUCAGUGUUCAUUGUCUGUUGUGUUCAAGACAGAGAG